AUGAGUCAUCAUGGAUGGGUAAUGGUAUCAUUUCUUACGGAACUUUUAAGUUCAUAUGGUACCAAUGGACAAUCAUCAUCAAUAUGCGCUGAUGAUACAAAAAUUAUUGAUAGCAUUUUAAAGGAAACAUAUAAUAAGCAUUAUCUACCAGCACAUCCGGUUUAUGUUCGUGUUGACAUGUGGGUGCAAGAGGUUACAGCUGUUUCGGAAUUAACUCAGGAUUUCGAAAUUGACUUAUAUAUAAACGAAUUUUGGGAAGAUCCAGCACUUAUAUUUGAUUUUAUGGAUCCAUGUAAAUCAAAUAUUUCAUUUGAUGAAAAGGUAUUGCAAAAACUUUGGAUUCCAAAUACAUGCUUUAUUAAUUCAAAAAAUGCUGCAAUACAUGAGUCACCAUUCAGAAAUGUUUUUCUAAUGGUUUUUGCCAAUGGUACAUUGUGGACCAAUUAUCGAAUGAAAUUAACUGGCCCAUGUGAUAUGAAUUUAAAACGAUUCCCAUUCGAUCAACAAAAAUGCUUUCUUACUUUUGAAUCAUUUAACUAUAAUACUGGUGAAGUACGUAUGUCCUGGAAUCAGCCUUAUCCGGUAAUGCUGCUCAAAAAAAUUGAACUUCCCGAUUUCAAAUUAACAAAUUUUAGUGUUAUUGCAGUGGAACAGAUGUAUCCGGCAGGUUGGUGGGAUGAAUUAACUGUUGCAUUUGUUUUCAAACGACGAUAUGGUUGGUACAUCCUUCAAGGAUACAUCCCAACUUAUGUCACCAUUUUCAUUUCAUGGAUUUCAUUUUAUCUUGGAUCGAGAGCAAUUCCAGCACGCACAAUGUUAGGAGUGAAUUCUUUAUUAGCUAUGACAUUUCAAUUUGGUAAUAUCAUCCGAAAUUUGCCUCGAGUUUCAUAUGUUAAAGCAAUUGAUGUUUGGAUGCUAAGUGGUAUGAUGUUUAUUUUUCUAUCACUGCUAGAAUUAGCAGUGAUUGGUUUUAUGUCACGAAAUGAAGCAGCGCCAAAACAAUUGAAAAAACGAAGUGUUAUUUCUAAUGAUUUAGCAUGGAAUGAAAUGCCUAGUCCUAGGAUAGGUUUACGUCAAUAUUGGGUUGAUCAACGAUCUACAGCUUCAUUCAUGGAUGAUAAUGAACUAACAAGGCGAGCAUUACCGAUCAAUUCACAUUUAUCAGCUAAUCCAUCCAAUGUUGAAAUAUCACCUGUGCAAAAGAAAUCAUCAAAUAAGAAAUCCUGGUAUCGAUUUAGGAGAUUGCGAAGAAUGUUUCAUUCAUUAGAACCUGAAGUUGUUGAUAAAUACAGCGCAAUACUUUUUCCUACUGCAUAUUUCGUAUUUAACAUCGGUUACUGGAGUUACUAUCUUACAAAUCUUUCAUCAGCCGAAGAACAAACAGUGAGUUAA